AUCAUCCCUCACCAUUCAAACUGAUAUCGUUAUCAAAAUUGUCUGACCGACCCAAAAUAGACCGCGCCGCCGACCAGACUGAUAGAUCUUCUCGGUCGAAAUGGUGCUAUACACCGCGAAGAAGUGGAUCUACGCCAGGGCUUUCGAUGGCGAACCCAAACUGGAUGAUUUUCGACUCGAGGAGGAAGUUAUGCCCGCGAUCAAGGAUGGAGAGUUUCUCGCCAAGGCGGAAUACCUGAGUGUGGAUCCGUACAUGCGCAUUUACAUCCUGUCGUACCCGGUCGGUUCGGUGAUGAUCGGUGGCCAGAUUGCGCAAGUGCUCGAGAGCAAACACCCGGAUUUCCCCGUGGGGGCGUACGUGUUCGGUCAGUUCGGAUGGCGAACCUAUGCCAUAUGCAAUCCGACCGGGAUCGAGACCCGGAAGCCAUACGUCCUGCCGGAUUUUGGGAGGUUGCCGCGAUCGCUGGGGAUUGGGACUUUGGGAACGGUGGGAAAUACGGCGUAUUUCGGAUUUUUGGAAAUUUGUCACCCAAAGGAAGGGGAGACGGUGGUGGUCAGUGGGGCGGCCGGAGCAGUUGGGAACAUUGUGGGACAGAUCAAGGGUUGUCGAGUGGUUGGCAUAGCAGGAUCGGACGAAAAGUGCCAAUGGUUGAGGGAGAUCGGAUUUGACGAGGCGAUCAAUUACAAAACGGCAGACGUCGAGAGGGAAUUGAAGCAAGCUGCCCCAGCGGGAGUGGACUGCUACUUUGAUAACGUUGGAGGCGAGAUUGCGGCGGUUGUGAGGAAGCAGAUGAACCAACGGGGGAGGAUUGCCGUGUGUGGGACGAUCUCCAUGUACAAUGGGAAGCCGGCCCAGGUGGAGGACCCACAGAGGGACUUCGUUUGGAAGCAACUGGUUCAGGAGGGUUUCAGUGUUCAUCGCUGGACGGAUAGGUGGUUUGAGGGAGUUGACCAGAAUAUGAAAUGGAUCCAAGAGGGACAGCUCAAGUAUCGGGAAACGGUCACGGAAGGGUUCGAGAACAUGCCCCAGGCUUUCAUUGAUAUGAUGAGGGGGCAGAAUGUCGGAAAGGCGAUUGUUAAAGUGUAAAAUGUAACUUUUAUAAAUAAAAUAGGCUGAGCAAUUUAA